GGCUGCUUCAGGGUCGCGAGCGAGCGUGGGUUCUGGCUGCUCGCCUUCUUCGGAACUUUCCACGCCUGUCCGGCGAACUGGGGGCGAGGUGAUAGCGAUGUCCUCGGUGCAAGUGCUUUAUCCUCCCAAGAUCCACCACGGCGUGCUUAGCCCGGGGUUCCCCAAAGAUGAGCCGGCUCAGGGGAAGGCGACCUUGGAGACACGCUAUGGCCUGGGGGCAUUGAUCGGCAGCGGCGGCUUCGGCACGGUAUACGCCGGCACGCGGCUCAGCGAUUCUCUCCCAGUGGCGAUUAAAUAUGUUGCCAAGGAGCGAGUCUUGCAAUUCCAGCACAUGAAUGGUACGCUUGUCCCUCUGGAAGUCCUUUUGCUGAAGAAGGUGUCAUCCCCAGGUUGCCGAGGCAUUGUCCGCCUCCUGGAUUGGUUUGAGCAGCCUGACUCCUACUUCAUAGUUAUGGAGCGGCCCCUCGUGUCUCAGGACCUGUUUGAUGUCAUCACAGACCGGGGCCCACUCCCUGAAACCUUAGCUGCCAGUUAUUUCCAGCAGGUGGUCGAGGCAGUGCACCAUUGCCACCUGUGUGGUGUUUUGCACCGGGACAUCAAGGAUGAGAACAUCCUGGUAGACCUUCUACAGGGUGAACUAAAGCUCAUAGACUUUGGCUCAGGUGCAUUGCUUCGGGAGUCUCCGUAUACUGAUUUUGACGGCACUAGGGUAUACAGUCCUCCUGAAUGGAUAAAAUACCACCGGUACCAUGGCUUACCUGCAACUGUGUGGUCGUUGGGAGUACUGUUAUAUGAUAUGGUGUGUGGAGACAUCCCUUUUGAACGUGAUGAGGAGAUCCUCAUUGGAAAACUUCACUAUCAUUGCAGGGUGUCUUCAGAGUGCCGUCACUUGAUUGAGUGGUGCCUCUCUCUGGCCCCAGAAAAGCGACCUUCCCUGGAGCAGAUCCUGGCACACCCCUGGCUCCUUGCCUUCUUAGAGAAGAAUGGACGCAAAGUGCAGCAGCCCACAGUCCCGAAAGCUGGCACUAGCCUGUGACUAUGGUGGCCUCUGGACAGCGUUGGGGCAGCCUGUCACAGAGCGGACACAUGCACCUGGGCUUCUCCUGCUGCAACAGGCUGAUGUGUGUGUGAUCACUGCCUCUUUAUUCCUGCUGAUUGUUGAGCUGUUUGCCCCUGGCACAGAUAUUGCCGCUGGGGGCAACUCGUGAAAUCCUAGGUCAGUGGCAGCAACCCUGCCUAACCAACUAGACAGUGGGGCUGGCAUGCAGUCCUAUCCAAGACAACGUAGAGACCAAUGGGCACUGUGCUGUUUACACAAGGACUCUCUGCUCACCCUCAGCACUGGUGAGGAACAGAAGAGUGACCCCGGGCAAGCAGUGUCUCAAGGCUUCCACUCUGGCUUUCUCCUGUACACUUGGAUCAGUACUGGAGCUUAGAGGACCCCAGAACCUCCCUGAAGCAGCAGGACUGGAUUAACGUUUUAUUGCAUUUGUGAAUUUGAUGAUGUCCCUGCAGCUUCUAUUUAUUUAGCGAGAUGUUCCUUUAAGUGCCCUGGCUGUUUCCUCUUUUGGUUAUGCCUAGCACCUGCCUUCCCUGUCUUUGGGCGUAAAAAUGCUUUUUCUUGGUCUUGCUGGAAAGCAACAUAUGGAUACAGUCCUAUCUCCCCUCCCUAGCCCUCAUUUCCAUUCCUGUCCAGCCAUUCCAAGUAAGACCCCAGCCUCAGUGCUUGGCCUGGUUUCUUUCUUUCUUUCCCUCUGUCUAGGCUGAGGUGCGGAGAGGAUCUUGCCUCAUCAACAAGGGGAAACUGGGAGUCAGACUAUUCCACAGGUGCAAGAAAAGUAAAUGUAUUGAAAUAGCAACCAGAAGCCUCUUCUGUGCUAAGGGGGACCUCAGUUUGGUUGGCAAGCCACUACUUGGAUGGAAUGUGAUCAAAAUGGGGACUUGUGCAAUAUGUUGUAGAUAUUUAGGCCACUAGCUGCUUGGAGACUCUUCUGUUCCUGUUAAAGACAGUUUCAAGCUCUUUGUAGAGUGCUUGGCUCUUCUCACAGAUCAAUAGGUCACUACUUGUCCUGAGUCUGGCCAGAACUUGGAGAAGAUCCAGGGCCCUUUUUUGAUUGCGUUCCAUCAAAGAGGUGGCUGGUGAAGGAAGGGGAGGUUCUCUGUUUUUAGUACAAAAGAAGCUUGAUGCCACUUAAUCUGUAAGCUUGACAUUACUUGCAGCUGUGGCUUGUUUCUUGUGCCUGUGUGUGUUAGUGUUAGUUAUGCUAAGGGGACAGCAGGAGCCUAUGCAUCGACCUUGAAUCUGGAAUGCAUGUAGCCCUUAUGUGACCUGACUUAAUUAGGCCAAAGCAUUAUUUUCUCUUAAUAGGAGGCUGUAUUUUGAAGGGGUGGUGGUAGGGGCUUUAUCGGUCCCUCACACUAGUCCUAGGGCAGGGGUAGGCAAACUUGGCCCUCCAGCUGUUGUUGAACUGCAACUCCCAUCAUCCUCAGCCACAAUAAAUCUGUGGCUGGGGAUGAUGGGUUUUGCAGUUAAAUAACAGUGGGAGGGCCAAGUUUACCCACCCCUGCCCUAGAGGGAGUUCAGGUGGGUUUUUUUUUAAAAGAAAGUGACUAAUGCCCAGUCUCUUGAUUAUUUUUUUUUAUCUUUCCAAGCCUGAGGGGGAAGGACAAACCAUUUCCUGAUAAAGUUGUUUUCUCUCAUCACAGUAGAAUUCAUGUUUAUUAACUCAGCAGGGAGUGGAGGGGAGGAGGAAAAGGAUACUGGCUCCAUGGACAGAUAAUUAGCUGCUGUCAGGAGGGCAGGAAGGAUCCAUCCCGUUCUUCAGGUAGCCUGUAACUUCAGCUUCGCCACCAGUCUGAGAUGAUUGAGAGUCAAAUAGACUAAAAGUGCCUUAUUCCUUUAACUCGAGCUUUCUUGCACUGCCUUUCUGACCUCCGCACUAGUGGAGCAUGAGGCAGAGUAUCGGCUAAGGGAAGGGGUGCCAUAAGUCCGCAUCCAGCCUGAGAAAGCCCCAGCAUCAAUUUCUGAGCUUGCUACCUUUGGCAACAUAGCUUAAGAGUAUUUAUAUGCCUGUUCAGGAUUUGAUCUGUGUAUUUGUGGGUGGGAGUUUUUUGUGCUGUUUUGUUACUGCCUCUCCCGCACGUGUGUGCGGCCACAUAACAUAAUGCCUCGCCCGUUAGGGCUCCAGCAUCAACAAAACCCUUUGGGAUUAAAACACUUUUAUAAGAAAGGAAAA